UAUUUACAUUCUAACUUAGAUUCAUCACUGUAAAGAUAUCAACGUUCUUGGAAACGAUAUUAGGCACAAACUAAAACUAUCAGCAGACAGUGGCUGCAUUGCGUCACGAGAAACCAGACGCAACAUUACUGUAUCUUUGCGUAUGAAUAUCUUUGACUACAGCACGCACCGGCAGAAAAUUGAUAGGAUGCAAUGGGAGCGGAGUGCAGUGCGCGAGUGAAGAUUGUUGACAGAAGUAAUGAAAAAAGUGAUCCUAUUUAUUAUUCUCACUCAACAGUUAGCUGUGAACCAGUGAAACAAGUCCAUCGUUUUUUUCGUCAGUUUUAGUAUUUUAAUGUGGUGACUACUGAUUUUUUUCAUAACACUAAGUGGUAAACAGUAGCGGAUGCAGCAACAUGUGCGAGAAUGAACACAACGCGGCUCCACUGUUGUUUGAUUUCGAGUUGCAUGCUGAUUACUGCAUAUCCAGCCUAGCACCCAUCGCCUUCUAAACAUGGGACAUCAAGACGCAGGUGUUUUCCGGCCGAAGGUUGGUCGCACCUUUGUCUUGACAUUGGCAAUGGGUAUACUGUUUGGAUUCAGCUUUGCAUAUAUAUUACUUGCCACAAGCCGUGUGGCAGUGGGUGAAUUGAGCCUUUAUCCUGUUAGCAGGCCAAUGUACUCUCAUGACCCACAUCAUCACAGUGAUUUGGACAAUAUCCAAGGACCGGACAUUGGCUCAUUUGGUGUCCACAGCCACGAAGAAGAGUUUCACAAAGAUGAGGACAAAGUAGCCCGUAAACUGGCGCAGAAAGUCAGAGUGCUCUGCUGGGUGAUGACUUCCCCAAAGAAUCAUAAUCUGAAGGCACGUCAUGUCAAAGCAACUUGGGGGCAUCGGUGUAAUAAACUCCUUUUCAUGAGCAGCACCAAUGAUACAUCAUUACCAACUGUUAAGCUCCCAGUGAAAGAGGGUAGAGAUCAUUUAUGGGCCAAAACAAAAGAAGCAUUUCGUUAUGUGUAUAAUCAUCACCUAAAUGAUGCAGACUGGUUUAUGAAAGCUGAUGAUGACACGUAUGUGAUAGUAGAAAACUUGCGCUACAUGCUUUCUGCUCAUAAACCUACUGACCCAUUGUACUUUGGUUGCCGAUUCAAACCAUAUGUAAAACAGGGUUACAUGAGUGGUGGUGCAGGUUAUGUUCUGAGUCGAGAGGCAGUGAGAUUAUUUGUGGAGGAUGGACUUCCAGACAAGAAAAAAUGCCGUCAAGAUCAUGGUGGAGCUGAGGAUGUGGAGAUGGGUAAAUGUCUAGAAGCUGUGGGGGUUAAGGCUGCUGAUUCACGAGAUUCUCUUGGUCGAGGCAGGUUCUUUCCAUUUGUUCCAGAACAUCAUCUUAUUCCUGGACACACUGACAAGAACUUCUGGUACUGGAACUAUAUUUAUUAUGAAUCAAAAGAGGGCCUGGAGUGCUGUUCUGACAGUGCAGUCUCCUUUCACUACGUUUCACCUAAUCACAUGUAUGUGCUUGAAUACCUUAUUUAUCAUCUACGCCCUUAUGGAAUUACUCAUUAUGUGGAAGAGCAGGUUUCUUCAGACGAGCCCAUAACAGAAAAAGCAUCUGACAGUGGAACAUUAAAACCUACAAAACGUGAAAUCAAAAAUACUCAUUGAGGAAGUGGAGAUUCAUCAAAGGUGAUACAAGAUGUUAGUUUGGAGUUCAAAACAUACUUACAGUUACCUGUAAAUGGUUGAAAAGCAUAUGUGGAAGGCCUUGUGAAACCAAGGUUCUUUUAUUUCCUAUGAAUACCUCUGAUACGUGUUAAAGCGAUUUCUUAAGAGUAAGAAAUAACAGAACAUUUUUACUGUGUUUUCAAUUUUAAGCAGAAAGAAAAAUUUCAGAUGUGACUGAAAUGAAUCACGUUUUAGUGUUCCGAGAUUUUGUAUGUUCCAGGGUUCAGUAUUCUUAAGCCAUAGAUCUGCCAUUAAUAUGAAUGUGUUUAGGUGGUAAUUCAGGAACUGAUUGUAGUUCAGUGUCAUGUUUCAAUUUUUAAUUUUGGCUGUCUUAAUCAGCUUUUGAAGUCUGACUAUGAUACUGAGUUUUUUGCCAGUAAAGAAACUAUUGUGAAAAUUUUGAGUAGUUAAAAAGAGACAGUGUUGACUCCUUGAGAGCUAAUGACUAGUCAUGUUAGAUUUUUGCCAUGGGUGAAUUCAUGCACUCUUCUGUCUGUGAUAAUAAGAAAAGGAUUCAUAACACAGUAUUGUUGUGACAAUUUUGUACAAACUAGGUUGCUCAUUAAUGAUUAUUCCUGGGAUGAAAGACUCCAGUCGCUCUGGUGUUUGAGGAGCAACAGUAAUGUAUACUGGUGAAAUUCUUGUGAUCAAUAGAUUUUUGAUUUUGUGGAGAAAGAUUUGUACAUGUAUGUGAGUUUAAUUUGUUUGGUAAUUGAUGUAUGUCCUCUUAGCAGCAACUGAAUAAUGAGGAAAAUUUGUGGAUUACUACAGAUGUCUGUGAUUGUGCCACAUCAGGACUUCUGUAUAGGUUUAACAGCUUACAUAUCUUAAAUACAACUUUGAAGUUUGUAGUUUCUUUUAUCCUGUGUGCAUUUACUUGUCCUUGAAACAAGCUGAAUUAAAAAAAAAAACUAAAUAAAUAAAAGCAGGACACUUGGCCAGCUGUUCUCAUUGUGUGCAUUGUUUAAUGGCCACCAGUGUCUAAUUUAAUGCUGGCUAAUGCAUAACUUACUGUAUACGGUAAAUAGAGUGCACAGUAGUGUAGUGGCUGUAUCUUCAACAAAACAUUUAGUCUUAUGAUUAAAUUUAUAUACUUUUUCAAUUCUUUUGAUACCACUCAGCACCUAGUAACAAUAUCAGCAUCUUAGGUCAGUUAGCAUAUAAAUUUUUUGGAUAUAAGGUAACUGUGGAAGAAAAGACUGAUAUAUGAUAUUAAUGAGUGAAAUCACACUGUAUUUCUUGUAUUUUUACAGAAUCUCUCUCUCUCUUUAAAAUUCAUUUUUGCUUUGCUUUCCUGUGUGUGAGGUUAACUAUUGUAAAUCAUCUCAUAUGCUUUGCUUGUGAAUUUCACUUGUUAUGUUUAGACAGUGAAGAUUCAUUGUUUUUAAUUCUGAAUUCAGUCUGUAGAAAAUUUUAAUGUAAACAGUUAUUUGUUUAACUAGAGAGUUUAUAAGAUAAGAGUCUGCAGCAGCAUUUAAUUUCUGUGUAUUGUGCAAUGGUCCUACAUAUAGUAUUCACAACAUAUUUUCAUACUCUAAGAAGAACAUUUAUUCUGCAAUUGUUCUUUUUUGUGCUGCUUAUAGUGUUACUCUUCCUUUUAUGUAUUUGUAGUAUAGAAGACUAUACAAAAGACUAGGAGGGAAACUAAACCCAUUUUUCAUUCUGUGUGUUAUGUGAUGUAUUAAUUGGAAAGUUGACACCUUCUUGGAGUCAUCUUACCACAUUGUACUGACCUCCAGCCUACAAUGAAUUUAAUUAAAACUAUUGAGCACAAAUUUGAUAAUCAUAAUACACCUACAAACAUAUUGAUAUUCGUUACAUUGAAUUAAAAAAAUGAUGUCUAGUAUAUUUUUUCAGCUGAUACACAUCAACAAUAUUCUGCACUUGUAGAUAUGGAACUAUGGAAGUUUGCUUUAUUUUUGCUCUGUUCUUUAGUUUUUAUGUCCUGUCUUUUGUGUUACAUUGGAGAGUAGUCAGAAGUAAGGAUAAUAAUGUGAUAUUUCAAUAUGUUUCAUAUGAAUUACUCUUUGAUGUUUGACAAUCAACCAACAUAAUAAAAAAGUUUAAAGUUACAUUAUUUUUCUCCAUUGCUCAAUAAAGUAUGCUAAUUAUAUAACAGAACAUUGAAAUUGUAAAUAUCUGAAUGUUACAUUUAAUAACUACUCAUGUAAUUAAAUACAAGACACAUCAGUUCCACAGUCACCUAAUGGAUUUUUUGUAUGAAUUUUUCAACAAAUAUUUUAUUUCAUGACUUGUUGGCUCCUCUUUCUUCAGUCACUUGUCUCCUAUUUUCACAAAUUUUUAGAAUGUUAAUAUCAGGAAUUUUUGGCCUUAGAUGUUUGUUUUUUAAAUAAUACACUCUUCAGUAUAAACUUGGCAAUAGUGGUCCAGCGGAAAAAUAAACAGUUAUACCGUUGUGUAGAAUCAUAAAAAGAUGGUAUAUUGAGCAUUGGCUGUGAAGAGUGCAAAAAGUAUCGACCAUCACAUCACCAUGUAUGCAGUUCCAAUUUUUCAAUGAUGUAUUUGUAGAAAUAUACAUUUUUAUGAAGUGAUUGUGUUCUUUGGUUAAUUUAGAUACACCCAAAUGAAAAUUUAUCCAUAGUGGCUAGAGUUUUUUGAUUGUAUUGACAGCGCACUGGUGGCAGUAGGCUGUUCAUCACUUGAGAUUCACCAUUUAUUUGCUUCAUCACUAGGUUUUUUAAGGCUUUCCAAGAUUCAUAUAUGUUUGGCAUUGUGUCAACUGUUGGGAACUAUCUGAAUUGUUAAUUAUUCUUAAAAAUCAAGUUUGCUUGGAUCAUUUGUAAAUCUUUUUAUUUUUACAAGAAAUCUUGGUGAACCUGUUUUUUAAGAAUAAUAUUUUGAGGUUUAUUAUUUUAUAGAUUUCUCUGAAAUUUGUUCAAAACAAAUGAUAUCUCUGUGCAGAUUUCAUUGUAGUCCACAUACAGGCAUACUUAAAUUACUAUAGAUUGCAUUAUUAGUGUUUUGAAGAAGAAGAAAAUUAGUUUCUGAACCAGAAAAGACAUUUUUAUCUUAUGUUGGACAUUUCAUCAUCUUCAUACUUUUGGCUUUUAAUUAUUGAGAGAGAUUCUAACUGGUAUGAGAAGCUAUUUUCCUGCAUCCAAUUGUCUUCAUUUUCAGCUGUGUAUGACUGACUGUGAAAUCUGAAAUAACUAGUGAAACUUUCUUGUGACAGAUAUAUGUGCCACAGUGUACUACUUGAAAUGUAGAUAGUAAGAUAGUUUUCUUGAGACCUGAAUGUUGGUGAAUGUAAAUAUAUUAUGAAGUGUAAGUGCUAUCAACUCACAGACUACAUGCAUAUCAUGUGCCCGGUGUCAGAGAAAAUGCUGACCAAGAUUAUAAGAUGACAAAAAGCCCAAGAACAAUAGACAAAUCUGGGAGAUUUAAGAAAAAAAAAUGCUGCAAUCCUAGUGACUUCAUGGGGUACAUUCCACAGUGAUUUUGCUUUCUGUGAUCUUGCUUAAGCUAUCUAUUCCAGCAAAUGUAUUUGUUUUCCUGCAUGUUGUUCUAUCAUUUGUAUUAAUUGGUUUCCAGAAAAAAGUCAGUGCACUCUACUUUAUUAUUCCACAUUUCCUUUGCAAACUAAAACACUGUGUUAACUGCUUCUCUUGAUAGAACAUUGUAAGAUGAUGAUUUUUUAAAACUAUGAAUAUCUGAAGAUAUACUGUUAUUUGUCUUUCUACUAUUGGUCCUCAUAUUUCCUGUAGAUGUUUGGAAAGAAACUGUGAUUUUAGUUUAAGAAAUCUGAAUUCAUAAAGGGCUUUGUAAGGAGGAUGCUUUUACAGCAAAAUGAACAGAAUGAUAUAUUUUUUCCAAUUUGAUAUACCAAGACAUUUUUGUUUUUACUGUCAAGGGCGCCCAUACCGAGGGGGCUAGAAUCCUCCCCUCCCCCAUCCCCCCCCAUCCCUCCCCAGCUUUCAAGGAAAAUAAAAAAUAUGGUGUAGUCAGGUUUUUCAUUUAAAAAAAUGAUUUAAAAGUCAGUAUUAUGCAGGUUUUUAACAAGGCUAGAAUUGGAACUUUAUAAUGGCUACUUAUGAGUCACCUUUCAUCUUCCAAAAUGUUAAAAAUGCUUCUUGAACUAUCAUAUGGGCAUUCUUGCUCACUAUUAUCAUUCUUUAUGCUGUCAUCUUUACUUGAGUUAUUCAGGUAAUCAUAUCAGUGUUUAACUAUUUUUCUACCCAUGAGUAAACCUAAUUGGUGUUAAAUGUAACUUUAUCCCUUACAUGUAGAACAGUUUAUAUGAUUUGGUUCCUUAUAUAACUUUUGGGGCAGACUACUAGUUUGUGUGGGGUCUUGCCCACUCGUCUCGUAUAGGGUGCCUAAAGGAUGCUGCAUUCUCGGAAUGCUGUACAACAGUUCAAGCAAAUGACAUUAGUAGUUUUAUUUCAAUAAAGCAGAUUGACAGUACUCAACUUGUAUUUACAGCAGUCUCGCAAGCGAUGGACGACAUGCAACAUAAAUCAGAGUCUUUGGCUAUAUACAGAGUUCAUGCAAGUGUGACACACAGUUUGUGGAUCACUAAUAACUGCUAUCGUAGCACUCUCAGCUAGACCGUGCUAAUACUCUGUGAAUACUUUGCGCUAAUUGUCAGCCGAGGCUGGCAGGAGCGGUGCUUAUAUUCACUUCGGUUAGAUGCCACUCUUAACAUGGCGAUUUUGUCUCACUGCCUUCUCUGGUUUUGCACUCUUCUUCUUCGUUCCGGCACUUUUGUUUAUACCAGUAAAGUUUGCAUUUGUCAUGCCAUGGCAGAAAUUUUCUAUAUCAUACAACUUGUAUUUACUUUCAAGCCUACUUUUGCUUUUAUUGUGCAAUAGUCAAUAUGUUAGCAAUUUAUUGGAAAAUGUCCAUAAUAAGAAACUGAUGUAUUUGUUAUACAGGUCAUUCCAUUCCUGUUUACCGAACAGUAUGCUCAGGACUAUAAAGUUUAAAGUUAUUUUAAUUUCCAAAAUGGAUCUUUCCAUUUUUCAGUUUAUUUCUAAUCUUAAUUUAUUUAUUUUUUCCCCCGUUUAUUCAGAACUGUAUUUAGUUAACUCUUUCAUUUUACAGCAGAGAAUUCAGAUAAGAAUAAAUUACUUAGACAAGUAGAUGCACACAUGAUUCUACUGAUUACAAACGGUAUUUUAUAGAAGAUAGUGUAAAGUUAACCUACCGUCUGGGAAACUGUUGAGGUGCAUAUUGUGUGUAGAUAAGUCUGUAAAAUAGAUCACAAGAUGAAUGUUUUCUGUGAAUGAAUUUCAGUUUGAUCAGGAAUAUUGUACAGUUAAUUAAUGGAAGACAUUGAAAGUGUCAGCAUUAUGUUAUUGUUAUUACUAUGUAAAUUGACCAAACAUGGCAUUCGAUGAGAAUCUGCAGAGUUAAUUUUUCACCUUUAUGUACAGAAGUUUUGAUACAAUCCAGUUAUAAGUUUAUCAUUGAAUGUUUUUGAAAAAAUCAGAUACUUCCAAUUCCUUCAUCAUCAUUGUAGUGCUCUGCAAUAUUUAAUCAUAGUUUCAUGUAGGUGCUAUACCCAACUUUUAUACUUUAGUCUUGUUGUUAUCCAAAGACUCCUGAUGUGCCAAUAGCUUUCUGUGGUUAUUUUGUAAAUAUCACUGUUAUUGUAACACUAAUUUCCAUGCUGCAAUUUUAAAAUAGGCUGUAUGAAAUUACUUUAUUGUUGUGAAUGUUGAGAUUUUUAUCAGUUUUUAUUGUUUUUAUUCAAAUGUUUUUAAAGUGGAUGAAAUCUAGGCAGUUGGGAGAUUACGGUUCAUACUUUCAGCUACCUUUUUUUUUUUUGUUGUUAGAUUGUGUUUUAUAAUUCUUUUCAGUUAAAUACAAGUGGUAACCAGUUUGCAUUCCAAAGUAUUUAAUGAUACAUAUUUCUAUUAUACCUGUUGGUUGUUGUAUCCUACAACUCAGUUGUUUAUUGAUGUUCACUUUGAGAAACACUCAUUUCAUUUUGGAUGGAACAAUGAGAGAAAAGAUGGACAAGUGGGUAGUUUGUAACAAGUAUGUCAAAUUUGUAUCAACUGUUACCAAAGACCAUGAGAGCAAAAUGAAUAAAACAGAAUGCAAUGAUAUUGAUGAUCUAUUUGGCCAAAGAAUGUGUCACUGAGAUGUAUAAAUGUAAAGUAUUUUUUAACAAACAGUGGAAAGUCCAGUUUGGAAUAACAACAACAUGGAAGGAUAGAUUGCUAUUCACUGUAGAGAGGAGAUUUUGAGUUGCAGACAGGCAUGAUGAAAAGGACUGCUACAGUAGAAAACACACACAAACACACAGAUAGUCAGGCUUUUGAGAUUGUGUGAAUGUAUGUGUGUUUUUCACUGCAGAAGAAAGUCUGAGAGCUUGAAUAUUUUAGCAGUCUUUUUACUGUGUCUGUCUGCAACUCAAUGCCUCCUCUACAUGGUGAGACUCAACGCCACCUCUAUAAGAUGAGUAGCAAUCUAUCCUUUCUGCAUUGUCAUUGUAUUUUUUAGUUAUAAAGAGAAAUGAUGUGUACAUAAAAAUCAGAUGCUGGCAUUUGAGAUGGAAGUGUAACUUGUCUCUGGAUAGACGUUCGUAGCUUCUUAGUAUAUACAUACAAUUUCCAUGUACUGAGAUUAUAGCAGUGUUUUUAAUGUUCAUUUGUUAAAGAAUUCCUAAUUUCUUGUUGUUGUACAUACUAUUCAAAUUUGUACAAUUAUCAAAAUGCCGAUAAAAAUGCAAGCAACAAACACAACAACACAUCUAUGUAUUUAACAAAACACAAAUAACUUUACUUUAUAAAUAGUAAUUUUCAGAGCUUAAGAAUAACAUUAUCAUUAUUUCUUGUUAGGGAAACAGAUUUGUUUCUGAUGCCACUUGUAUUAUGGUUUAAUCCACACAUGGUGUGCGUCAAAUAAAAAAAUUGACAUUUUCAAAAAA